AUCAUGGAACAUUCUCGAAAGUUCCCGCCCAGUCUCCAGCCAAUCGCAAGGCAGAACCCGACGCAACCUCCCGAGCGCUCCCGAGCCUUCUCGCUUGUUCUCCCGCAUUCGUCGGCUAUACCACGUGACCUUUCGAAACCAAUAAAUACCGCUCCAGCGGCACUGACUGCACGAAUCAGUCACUCAGUUUCGGUCCUCGCUGUGCCGACUGCUGCCGACUGCGCAUUUUAGCUUCUGGCUGGUGCUAUUUUCCUGUCAACAAGAGCCAUGAUGGCGAACGUCUGCGCAAGGACGACUCCGCUCGCUCGCCGAGUUCUGCUGAUGUGUCCGCGACGCUCCAUCUGGCGACGCUACCCGGUGCCCCGAUCGGUGAGCGAUGUCUUCAACGAGUUCGAUCACCAACUGCGUUCGAUGGAGCGCGACAUGUCGCGCGCCUUCCGAGACCUCGACAGCCACGGCUACUUCGGACCCACCUUCCGCUGGCUGCGUACCCGCGACGUUCCCGUCGAGACCGGCUCGGCUGAAAAGUUCCAACUGCAGCUCGACGUCGCCCAGUUCAAGCCCGAGGACGUGAAGGUAUCGCUGUCCGGCAACCAACUGACGGUGCGCGCUCGUGCCGAGACGAAGGAAGGAGACUCCAGCUACGUGCGCGAGUUUAGCCACAGCGUCACCUUGCCCGAAGACGUGGACCCCGACACCGUGAGGUCUGUGCUGCAGGCAGACGGUUCGCUGAGCAUCGAGGCGCCUCGCCUGCGUCUCGAGCAGGCCCGGGAGCCCAAGGAAGUGCCCAUCGAGAGAGCCGACCCCGACAAGCAAGCGUCGCAGAAGUGAUCUCCGAACUUCGCAGUUUGUCUGUAUAGUGUGUAUUUAUAAUCUCCAUGUAGAACUGGAAUAAAUUUGUAUAAAGUUAUUUAAUUAAGCGA